CCUACCAGUGCGAGCGCAUACCCAUCACACAUAUUAUACAUAGACGACAAACACAUACAAAUAACUGCCAGUGCUAUCCGUGAAAAAAACCUAUUGUCAAAUAAUAAUAAUAUCUGGCCAUUAAUUGCCGUAAUUGUCCGUAAUAUAUAGGACAUUAAGACACGGCUUAGGUUUGGUUUUAAAUUACUUCCAACAUAUCAUUCAAGAAGUAGAUCCACGCGUCUCUCUCUCUAUAAGAGAAUCUGUUGGUCCAAAAAACCCUAUUAUUUGAAUGGUUUAGUGUUAGUGUUUGUGUGUUGUGUUGUCUAUGAUGUCAUUGAUGUCGAUGAUGGCACAGCAAUACUGUCUCAAGUGGAACAAUCACACCAAUAAUAUGGUCAAAGUUUUUAACCAAUUGCUCGACGACCAAGACUUUUGCGACGUAACUCUGGCAGUCGAUGGCACCUUCUUGAAGGCCCAUAAGCUGGUACUGUCCGCUUGUAGUUCAUAUUUCAAGGAUCUGUUUGUAUCCAAUCCGUGCAAACAUCCGAUUGUUAUACUCAAAGACAUACGUCUGGAUGAUCUGAAAGCUAUCAUCAAUUUUAUGUAUUGCGGCGAAGUAAACGUCUCGCAGAACCAAUUGGCGGCACUGUUGAAGACGGCAGAGAUACUCAAAGUCAAAGGACUGACUGAAGUCAAUGACAAACAAACAGAUUCGUUGUCGACACCGACCAAUAAGUCGGUGGUCAACAACAGCAACAACAACAACAACAGUAACAAUAAGAGUACAAAUGACACGCAAUUAUCUUCAGCAUCAUUACAGCCGAUGACACCGAUGUCGACAACAACUAUGUCGGGUGUUGUGACCAGAAAGAAGAGAAGAAGACGAGCCAAUCAUACGACAAACAGCAAUAACAACAACAAUACAUCACUUUCCGGUGAAAGCGAUACCAUGAUGUCUGGCGAAAGUGAUGACAGUUGUUGUGGUGACGAAUCGUUAAUUCAAAAGAAAUCAAAAGAUAAUAACAACUCACCACUGUCUGAUACGUCGACCUCGCGAUCGGCAAAAUUGUCUUCCGAUGCCAAUGUGACCAAUAAAUCGACGCCCAAUAAAUGUGAUUCAUCUCAAGUAUUAAAUAUCAUUCAAACCCGACGGCGACAGCAAUCGUUUCAGCAACAGUUGAUGGAAACAGCGGUUGCCAAUCGUGACGACGACAUCGACGCCAAUGAUGAAUCACUACUAAUGGAUCCCAACAGUGAACACCAUCACCACCAACAACAACAGCGAGUUAAUAACGGAAAUCAAUUGGAGCCGACGUGGCCGUCGAGUUCAGAGCACAGUUCAGCACUAGCGUUGACCAUCAAUGAUGAUGAAGAAGAACUAGAAGAAGGAGAAGAAUCUAACGACAUGUUUGAUGUUAAGCCAAUUGUCUCAUUUGAUGACUCGUCAUCACAGAUGUCAAACGCAUUAGUAUUACGAGAAGAUUCGUCUAUUGUAUUGUCGAGUCCUACCGAUCCCAAUAUGAAUGCCGGACCCAGUUCUGCACAAACAGGUGGUAAAAGACGAUCAUUGAGAUCAAUGGGCUAUCAAUCGAUGCCAAACAUGAGAUACGCCGACAGUCGUAGCGAAUGUCCGUUUUGUAACAAAAGGAUUGUAAACCUGAGAAGACAUAUCAAUGAAGUACACGUCGGAGUGCUCUUCCAGUGCCAGAUCUGUUGCCGAAAGUUUAAGAGAAAAGACAAACUCAACAAUCAUUUGAUCUCUGAGCACAACAUCUGA